AUGACAGGCUUGGAGGGUAGAGUUUUCGCUGUGACAGGAGCCGCCUCGGGUAUUGGUCUGGCGACUGCAAGACUUCUGGCUAGCCAGGGCGCCAUUCUUUCUAUUUCCGACGUACAGGAAAACGCGCUUCAAGCUGCGCUGAAAUCUCUGGAAGGUGAAGGUCACAUUGCUACGGUAGUCAAUGUAAGCAAAAGCAACGAAGUCAAAGACUGGAUCCAACAGACGGUCGACCGACUGGGCCAACUACACGGGGCGGGCAAUUUCGCUGGAAUCAUCCGGUUGGGUUCUCUCUGCGACACUUCGGACGAGGACUGGCAUGCAAUCAUGGAUGUCAACGCUAGUGGUGUCUUCUUUUGCAUGAGGGAGCAAUUAAACAAUAUGCGGGAUGGGGGCUCAAUCGUCAACGCAUCCAGCGUCGCCGGACUCCGUGGCGUCGAUAAAAGUGGUAUCUAUGCGGCCAGUAAACACGCGGUUAUGGGCUUGACAAAAGCCGCUGCCAGAGAUGUUGGGCAUAGAGGGAUCAGAGUGAAUGCGGUGGCACCAGGGACAAUUGCAACGGCCAUGUCUGAUGAAAUCAGGAGGAUCACACAAGGCGCUGCCUCCCCGUCAACACGAGUUUUGGGAAGGGCAGGAACCGCAGAUGAGGUUGCCAACAUCGUUGCAUUCCUUCUAAGUGACCAAGCAUCGUACGUGACAGGUGCGGCAUGGACGGUAGACGGAGGCUGGACAGCAUAG